CAAUCAAAUCUAAAGUAAAAUAGCCAAAGUAGUAGGAGUGGAAGAAGAAGAAGAAGAAGCAAUAUGAGCAGCAUAGGAACUGGUUACGAUCUCUCCGUCACCACUUUCUCUCCCGAUGGCCGCGUUUUCCAGAUCGAAUACGCCGCCAAAGCAGUCGAUAACAGCGGAACUGUGAUUGGAAUAAAAUGCAAAGAUGGGAUCGUAAUGGGAGUUGAAAAGUUGAUAGCAUCAAAGAUGAUGUUACCCGGAUCUAAUCGAAGAAUCCACUCCGUUCAUCGCCAUUCCGGCAUGGCGGUGGCUGGAUUAGCGGCUGACGGUAGGCAAAUUGUGGCCCGUGCUAAAUCUGAAGCUACUAAUUACCAAAGUGUAUACGGUGAACCCAUUCCUGUCAAAGAACUUGCUGAACGUGUUGCGAGUUAUGUGCAUUUAUGCACCCUUUACUGGUGGCUCAGGCCUUUUGGCUGUGGGAUAAUUCUCGGCGGUUAUGAUAGAGAUGGUCCCCAAUUAUAUAUGGUUGAACCAUCUGGCAUCUCCAAUCGAUACUUUGGUGCUGCAAUUGGGAAGGGAAAACAAGCUGCGAAAACGGAAAUUGAAAAGUUGAAACUGUCAGAAAUGACGUGCAGGGAAGGGGUUAUUGCAGUAGCCAAAAUAAUCUACAAAGUACAUGAUGAAGCAAAGGACAAAGCCUUUGAACUGGAGAUGAGUUGGGUAUGUGAUGAGUCAAAGCAACAACAUCAGAAGGUUCCCGAUGACCUUUUCGAGGAAGCCAAGGCUGCAGCUAGGACUGCAUUGGAAGAAAUGGAUGCUGAUUAAUGAUAUUAUAUAGACAGAAUUGUUCUGUUAUCAUAUGUAUUUUGAUCUUUGUAAAGUUCCCGAUGUUAUGGACCUUCUGGUUUAAAAGAUGGGAGUGAGUGCCUGGUCUUUCUAAGAUCAGGAGGGAUGAAAUGAUGGAUUCAAAAGACCUUGAACUUUCUGUUGUCCGUUGCAUUGUAAUUUUUUUUUCUAGGCAUCACAUAGACGUCGUCACUGACAAUUACUGUGAAGGUUGAGGAACACCCAUUUU